CUCCUCCUUGUCUUUCCAGCCCUCAACCCUGGAUUUAUCUCCUCCCUGAGUCUCCGAGAGAGAGAGAGAGAGAGAGCGGCUGCCUGCCAGCUAUCCAGCGAGCAAACAAGCAGCCCAAUGAGCUUCCCAAGGCAAGAAGGAGGUCCUCGGCGGGCCCUUUCGUGAUGCGAAUGCGGGAGGCGAAGCGGGCGCCGCCGGUUCCUGGGCCCAUGUGGACGGGGCCAGGAUGCGGGUGACGAUGAGGCGUGUGCUGCUGGGGGUGGGCUUUGCGGUCGCCCUCAUGGUCUCGGCCCACCUGGGCCAGCAGAUGCUUCAGUGCCAGCAGAUCCUGGGCCGAGGUGCCAACCGGGGCCUGAUGCGCCCGGAGAACGAGGAGCUGGUGAUGCUGGACGCCAACCGGGUGGAGUACCGCUACAGCAAAGAGAUGCCUCUGAUUUUCAUUGGCGGAGUGCCCCGCAGCGGGACCACCCUGAUGCGGGCCAUGCUGGACGCGCACCCGGAGGUGCGCUGCGGGGAGGAGACCCGCAUCAUCCCCCGCGUGCUGGCCAUGCGCCAGGCCUGGUCCAAAUCUGGGCGGGAGAAGAUGCGCUUGGACGAAGCCGGGGUGACGGACCAGGUCCUGGACGCUGCCAUGCAGGCCUUCAUCCUGGAGGUGAUCGCCAAGCACGGCGAGCCGGCCCGCUACCUGUGCAACAAGGACCCCUUCACCCUCAAGUCCUCCCUCUACCUCUCCCGCCUCUUCCCCAACUCCAAAUUCCUGCUGAUGGUACGGGAUGGCCGGGCCUCCGUCCACUCCAUGAUCACCCGGAAGGUCACCAUUGCCGGAUUCGACCUCCGCAGCUACCGGGACUGCCUGACCAAGUGGAACAAAGCCAUUGAGGUGAUGUACGCCCAAUGCCUGGAGAUUGGCCGCUCCCGGUGCCUCCCCGUCUACUAUGAGCAGCUGGUCCUGCACCCCCAGAAAUCCCUGCAGGCCAUCAUGGAGUUCCUGGACAUCUCCUGGAGCGAUGCCGUUCUGCACCACGAGGAGCUGAUCGGGAAGCCGGGCGGCGUCUCGCUCUCCAAGAUUGAGCGAUCCACUGACCAGGUGAUCAAGCCCGUGAACAUGGAGGCCUUGACCAAGUGGCUGGGGCACAUCCCGGCCGACGUGGUGCAAGACAUGGCCCAGAUCGCUCCCAUGCUAGCCAGGCUGGGCUACGAUCCCUAUGCAAACCCACCUAACUAUGGGAACCCGGACCCUUUGGUGAUCAACAACACCCACAGGGUCCUGAACGGAGAUUUUAAAACACCUGCCAACCUGAAAGGACACCUCCAGGGGACUCAGAAUACGACUGCUUUCCACUGAUAAACGUUAGUGAUUUCCAGCUCGCUUUUAGAUGCAAACUGCUUCUCCUUCCUCCAAAGAGAAGAAAAUUUGCAGAUAAGCACCAGUGGAAAUCUGUAUUCCAAGCAUAUUGCUUGCUACUGAUAAUUGCCAAACCGAGUGCUCUCUCUGUGAAACCCUUUCUCCUUCGCUGACCUGCCAAGUAUGGACACUCCCAGUUCCUGAGGAGAAGAGGCAGCCCCCUUGAUCAGACACUCUUCUGUGGUAAAUGCUGAAAGUCUGCGGAGAGAAAAGAAACGCCCAAAAUAUACUGGAGAAUAUUUUAUACUUGCCUGUUGAAGACCCCUUUUAAAACCUCUGUUGGAAAGUGUCUUGUAUUUUUUUUUAAAUCUCUGAUUUGCAGGCCUUACAUAACUCUGUUACUAUAACUUUGUUAAGAGUCUGUCUCUCUUUCUUUCUUUCUUUUUGGUCUUACAGGUGAUAAUCCCAAACUUGUCCUGUUUAAUUCUCUCUUAUUUGUAAUUUCCAAAAAUCAACUAGGUUUAUUUAUUAAUUCUUAAAUAAAUAUACAAGGUUGUCUCCUUCA